ACCGCCCCACCACUCUCCCUCUCUCUCCCACUCUACUAGCACCACCGUCACCCUCUCCCUGCCUCUCAUUCCCUCUUUAGUGAAUGUGUGACUAGAAUACAGAUCCACUUAGUCUAUUUACGUGGAGAGGAAGACUGGCCUGUCAUUUGUUGUGAUGCCUGGCUUUGAAGAACAGUGUUAAGCUGGGAGGGCGGGGGUACAUGGUUACUCCCGUAGAGGCGCAGUGUUUGUGUUGUGGUGCAUGUGGCAGUGUUAUCUCUGUGCGCCUGUUGUUUAUUUAUCUUGAUGAAAGAACUAUUGUACGUUUACUUGAGGUGUGUUCAUCUACCGCGUAAAUAUAAUACCCAAAUGCGUUAUCAUAUGUGAGUUGUUUACCCAGAAACCUUUUAUUUCAAGUAAAAAAAAAAAGAAAUUCUUAGAAAACCUGCCUUUAUGGUUUGUUAUGAAGAUCAAACUGAUGAAACGUGGAUACUCUUAUAACAUUACGGUAAAAUUGAAAACAAAAUGAACAAUGAAUACGGAUGACCAUCGUGCGUGUGUGUGUUGACCUCAGUGUUAAUAUACGAUACAGGCAAGACAGUUUAAGAAUUCCUCAGAUCUGAAUUAACAAGAAAGAUCAAAGCAAUAUUAAUCACGUAUAUAUAUUAAUGAAUCCCAACAACAAGAAAAUUCUGUAUUCUGGUAAAGUUAAGAUUCGCUUCUUUGUUCGUGUAAGAGACGGGAGCAACAGCUGACGACCCUGAAAACCAAAACGUCAGCAGAAACGUCAGCAGAAACGUCAGCAGAAACGUCAGUAUAUUGAACCCUAAGAAAGUAUCAGUAUUUAGUGAGUUAUUUGAGGCGUCACAUAACGUUGCAUGACACUAUAUCUAUAUGGUGAAAAACCUGGAUAUAUGGUGAUUAGUAUAGUGUUAUGGGACUAAAAAAGAACGACUAUAGUGCCUUGACGGUGACCAGUGCAGUGAUAUUGUGCGAUUCUAGGCUAUGGUGUCGUACUAGUGACCAAUAUAGUGAUGUAGUGUGAGCAGAUAACGAGGUUGUGAGAAUCUCUUGUCAAGCUGAGAGAUGUUACUGAGUUUGUAACACAGGAUUGAAGUCUCUGUGUUUAUGUUAUCGUGACGGGCUCCUCUAGGUGGAGGCGGCCGUCACCACACACAGGUGAUCCAGACGGAGACACUGUGACCCCUGGACCUCUCUGGCAGGUCAGACAGAGCAACAUAAAGGAACUAGUCACUAGAGAAGAACUUAACAAACCAAGAAAGAACCCCCACCCCCCACACCCCCACACCCCUCCCUACAAGACCACAACCAACACGGAACUACGACCAGAACUACGGGUUUUAGGAGCGUUUUAGAAACAUAAGAUAAGAAGACUACAAACACAUCGACUUAAUACGGGUCAAACUCAGCGAAUCCCUGACCAUCGCCUGUGAGUUAUUGAUACACGGGACUACGCGGUCAAGGCUGGUUAUACGGAUCAAUAAGCCACUGAUUGAAAGCUAUACCAUCAAAUACUACUUAAUACGGACCAAAGGACGCUGAUUGCAGGUUUACGGACCACGAACCAAACGCUGGUAGCCACGGACACAGAGAGAAGAGAUAGAGCGAGUGAGUGUAUUGUUUCGGACUUGAAGCAAAGAAACAAGAUCACAGAACACGAUGUCUUGGUCAGCAGGAACACCUGAGCCUCGAGGCAGACUCUUGGAUGGCGAACAACACACCAGGCGAGGUUCUCCAGACCUCCUUGGGACUCCGGCUGGUGGUAGUCCUCAGUCAGGCACGCCCCUCCUCAGCUUACGUCGCCCUCCACGCCCCUCUACACCCUCCACCACUCCUGUGUCGCCUUCCAACACCGGCACACCUCCACAUUCCGGUACACCUCAGCCUGAGUCCAUACCAUCGUCCAGGAGGUCGUCUCUCUUGCCACCCGGAACUGACUCCCGUCGGGGCUCCCUCACGAAGAAGGCGUUGACGGGGCUGGUGAAGGACGCCAGAAAGGGCAUUAGGAAUGUGACAGACACCUCCAUGAAGGCUGGCCAAAAGGUUGUGGACUCGACGAAGGAGACGAGUCAGCGGCUGAUAGUGGACGUGGAGGCUACCACCAAAAUGGUAAAGGACAAAACAGUGAGUGUGUCGGGCCACAUGAAGGAUGCGACGGUGGGAGCCAGCCAGUGGGUGGCCUCACACACCUCCAAGACGGCCAAGGCGGCGAUGGAACAGGCCAAGUCCGGCCUCAGUGUUGGCGAGAAGUUCACACUCUUCGCUGUUGAGAAGAUCACCACAUUUUCUCGGAAGGGGUUCGCUCACGUAUUCAUGUUCCUGGUGCUGGCAGGCUACACGGCACUGGGGGCGCUGCUGUUCAUCGCUCUCGAGGCACCACAUGAGAACGAGGAGAAGGCUGAGAUCGAGAAGGCGAGGGCCAAGCUGAUUGAGUCGGUCUGGGAAAGUCUAGUCCAGAACAAGGGUAUUAAUUUCACUCGAUGGGAAGGGAUAGUGACGGGGUUGCUAAAGCCAUACGACAACCAGAUCAAACACUCCUGGGCGGAAGGCGCCUCCCCAGACACCGACGAUCGGAUAUGGACAUUUUGGAGGACCAUGUUCUUCUGUUCUACCAUAACAACCACCAUCGGAUAUGGCCACAUCUUCCCCCGGACCAACGCGGGCCGCGCUCUCACCAUCGUCUACGCCAUCGUUGGCAUCCCCAUUUUCCUUAUCCUGAUGGCUGACUUCGGCAAGCUUUUCACCAGGCUCCUCAAAUCCCUCUUCGUUUUCAUCAAGAGGCUCUACCGCACCGCCACCUGCAAGAGAGUGAGGAAGACUCGGGCUGUUCAGUCCGUCAAGGAACACCAGUCAGUUGUGGUCCCAGCCCCCACCCCUCCUCUAGCUGUGCCUGAAUCCACGUCAACAGACUUCGAAAAACAGGAGGAGGUCGAGCAAGGUCAGUUGAGAGAAAGAGAACCUUUCUUGUCGGAGAAACAAAAGAAGGAGGCAAUGAAAGAAGAACAAAGAGGUGGCGAUGAUAAUGAUGAAGAGGUGGAGGUUCGUCCCUGCUGCUGCUCAGCGUGGUCGAAGAAGCUCAGUGGGUGGUGCAGUUCCCUAUGCUGCAAAAAAGUCGUCCCUGAGGAUAUUACACCAGAGUCUGACGAGGAAGACAUAAUCGACGACAACUUCAACCUGCCUGUCUCCCUCGCUCUCUUUAUUCUCCUUGUUUACAUCAUGUGCGGCUGCGUCAUCUACACCAUGUGGGAGCCUUGGAGCUACUUUGAGGCGUUCUACUUCAUCUUCGUCUCCAUGACAACAAUAGGCUUCGGUGACUACGUACCACAGCAUCCAGCCUUCAUGAUGAUGACCACAGUCUACCUGGUGUUCGGGUUGGCCCUCACAGCUAUGUGCAUCAACAUCAUACAGGAAAAGUUAACAGACACCUUCCGCCAAGCCUCUGAAAAACUGAAGGACUCAUUUGGGCACAUCAUGGCGGCUUCGGCCAACCAGGGGGAAGAGGCCGCUCUACAGGAAGGGAAGGAGGUGGAAGUAGCAGAGGUGCACGGUAACAAGAAAACCGAACCUGACAUAGUCACAGUCACAUACAAGAAAGAGACAUAGUUUACUACAAAGGAAGUGAAACAAAAGCAUAAUUUUAGGUAACGUAGUUUGAGACGUUUUCUUGAGGCCCAAAGAGACUUUUUCUGCUGUAGAUUUGAUCAAGAGAAACAUGACAGACGUUGUUAGUUGUUAAGUUAAAGAAGAUAUCUAAUCUGAGAUUUUGAUAUACUGCAAUUAUACAGUAUAUACAGUAUGUAGUAAUGAAAAAAGUCAGGUCUUCUGGCCCCUGGACACAGAUGUGUUCUAUGGAUUAUCAACUUAUUCAUAGGAUAAUGCCAUGUGUACAGUAUCUUAAGUAAUCUCUGAUACCUGGGGAAUAUAUGAAACAUCAACGAGCGAAAUUAGAGAGGAUAAGAACGCAAUCUAAUGAAAGCAGUUAUCUUAAUCAGCAGUCAAGAUGACCGCCAUAUUGGAGUGUAGGCACCAAGAACCGACUACACAGGCUAAUGUUACAAGCUGGUAACUGCGAUAAAGUAAAUAGUCUUCAUUUUUGAUCAAGUUAUGUCAGGUCAGACGAGGGAUUCGAGGCAGUUCCUGGGUCGUAUCUAUGCCCUCAGUGACUGGCUUCAUCUCCCAAGACACAUAUAGUUGAAAAGAAUUUUCUGAGACCCUAAACUAAGUCAAUUCCAAUUUAUAAUAUUUACAAGUAGAGAAGCUGAGGAUAUGGUAGGUUUGUCCACAACAACAACUGCCUCAGCGUUUAGCCCUAAAAUUGGUUGUCACUAAAUCUGAAGUGAGAUAAACUGAUCCUAGUUGUUAAUUCUUUACGGAAAAUAUUGAUAUUUUGUAGAUCGUUAUCACUUUUUUUGUCUCUGAGAUCUUACAAUACCAACCUUUUUAUGUCCAAUAUUUACCACAGAACGAAUACAAAAGAUAACAGCGAGAUGUAUAUGCAGAGUACUCGUACUGCUAAGGGCGAGACACUCAGCUGGGCAUCCACGUGGCGGUUCUAAGACAGAUGUAGGCAGAGGUCGAGGUCAACCGGAUAUAUCUAGCUGAGACAGACACAACAAGACACUGCAGGGAAAUCAGUGGUUGAGAAUGGCCCAGAGAGAAUACAGGCAUAUCAUCGGUGUUCAUGAAGGCCAUAGUGUACUUGGCUGAUGUCAUGAUAAAACUCUCGUUAACAUAAUGUCCAAAUAACUUUAAUGUUCCGCUCAAGAUUAGUUUAAGCUGCUGCUAUUACUUUUAUUACAGUUGAUUCAUUGUAAUCUAACUCCUGGUAAUAUUAAUGGUAAUAAUGUUUGUGUGUGUGUGUGUGUGUGUGUGUGUGUGUGUGUGUGUGACAAAUUAUAAUUGUUAUUUAUUAGUGAAUUUGAUAGUAUGAUAGCAAUGAACUGUCCCUUGUACUAAGACUGAAGCGAAUCAAGAUAGACCAUUAGGAAGAACCUUUCAUAGAUCCAAUGCUCGAGGAUAAACGACACUUGCCAUGACAGACUGGGGUUAUGGCAGCUCGUGACAACAGUGACAUUAGUUGUUUUUGAAUUCGAAAAGUGAACGUCGGGACUUCAUAUUUUAUCAUUUCACUCUAUAUCCAGGCAAGUGAGUCAACAUUUUUGUACAUCAAUUACUCUGUCAAAACCACUAAACUAUCGCUGACAAUCAAGGUGACAAACAUUGUGAGUAACUACUUAUGACUAUUAUCCCAUUUCAAAAAAUUUCUGCUAUGAAUUUUUCAUCAUUCUUAUAACGGGAAUAAUAUUCAAGUAUAUUUCUAAAGGUGGCAGUAAAUUUGUUGGGCGUCGUCAUGGGUGAUUAAUGGCAUUACAUAUAUGUGCGUCGUGUUGUUUGAACCACAAGAAUAAAAAACAUUGAAAACAUCCCUAAACGUCUCGGUUAGGUGAUGUAGACCACAUCAGUCACCAAAGGAUGAAAGCAUCUGUUAUCCGACCUCCUCUCCCGCAUACUGUUGAGAUGAAUUAUGGCUUUAUAUAAUCAGUUUAGUAUAUAUAUGGUAUAUUGUAUAACGCAGCAAAUAAAGACGAUAUUGUAGAUUUUGUCGAAGUUACAACUGCAAUCCCACAAAAUCCGACAAAAUUGUGUAGCAUGUCACCGGUAGUUCUAAGAGUCCAGCGGCAAGGUUCAUUGUUUACAGUUUUCCUUUACUAAGAUGGAAGAUCGUCAGCUGUUAUGCAAACUUCACAAGAAAACAAAGUGGAGUUUCCAAUCUUGACCAAUAUAUUUUAAUCAAUCUGAAAAUCAUUCUCUAAUAAUCUUAUAAAUACUGUACUAGAAAUAACGCUGUUUAUUUAUUUUCAUAAAAUUUGGAGAUAUUUUGUCUGUAGUCUGAAAAAGUUGAAUAGCCAUUUAUAAGCUUAAAGUUCAAUAUAUCGUUUCAUCCUACAGAGUUGUAAAGAGACUAAACUCAUUAGGGAAGUUUCAACAUUACAACGGGAAGUGAGUCGUCGCUCCACACCCUCUGAGUGUUCUUGGUCUAAAUACCGUGUGGAAGGUUCAGUCUUGCUGCCUAAGCGCCUUCGUUAUUCCAUCCGUCUGAGAGUUCUACUUUCAGAAUCUGUUAGGAGUUCUAGUCUUUACAAAUCCGUAAAAAAGGUUCUAGUCUUUAUAAAUCCGUCAAAAGGUUCUAGUCUUAGCAAUCCGUCUAAAAAGUGUAGUCUUACAAUUUAUCUAAAAGUUAUAGUCUUACACUCCGUCUAAACGUUGACUUUAAAACCUGUCCUUUUGACCAUCUUUCCGACAACUGUUGCCUCUUUACAGCUUACAUUUGAUUCGUGUCACAGUGUGUCCUCAUCCUCAACUGUAUCACAAAUCUCAUGUCAAUCAAUUCUGUGAUCUUUCGGUAGAUGUUUAUUCUUCUACUUUGUACCGUUGGAGGUUAUGUAACAGAGACCAGACUAUUACUGCGUUGUGUAGUAAAAUUAGGGGUCCUUAAGUGACGUUCAGAAGUUAAGCAAUUUUGAUGAGCUGAACUGUAUGUGAUAUUCCUGGGUUUAACAUUGUCAAACUGCCAUUUAAUUAGUUUAUAAAUGAGUUUUCUUGCAAUAUUUCCAACAAAAACUGCAUCAAUUUGUUGUAGCUGAUUUAUAAAAGAAAACUGUGACGAUAGUGGUCGUUCUACGGCUUGUCUUAUCAGGUAUUACAAUGGUAUCUCUUGUAGUUACAUUUCUGACACCAUGUUUUACUUUGUUGGCUGAAUAUGAGUAUUUCCUGAAACUUGUGGCUUUCCUUUGAAUCACUCGUUGUGUAAGGAAGGACACACCAACACAAGCAGGUAGGCAUGGCGGAUGUGAUUGAGUCUGGUCUUAUAAACUGAAACAGAUUAGAAUGAACCCAGUAUUAAUCACUUUAUCAUAUACUUGGACUAUGUUAAGUGUAGGAUAACCUGUGAAUAUUUCCUAGAUUUAUAUACUGUACCACAUAAUGAAUUUGUACUUUUGCUAAAUGAUCACUUGUUGCUACUUAGCGCUUCUUGCUGACUUAGCUUUAUCUCCAUAGUAUAGAGUCUCAAGCUUCGUACUAUGACUAUUACUUGUAACUAAAGGUAUAAAUAUGCAUCUAACAGGUUGGUUAAAUUUUAAGUAUAAAAAUUACGGCCAUAUAACACUGAGACUCUACCAUAUAAGGAGACGUUCACGCUCAGUUAACACCAAUUAAUGGAAAAUCUUCCCAGAAAUGCUGUACGUGCACUUUUGAUGUUUGUUUGUUUUUUUGUUUUUUGUUGGUGUUUUAACUUAUCCCAACCAGUUACGUGCAUUCUUACAUCUUUAGUUGCGACGAUUAUUAAUUGUGUGAAUCUUUGAGGGUGUGGAGCUUGUACAGUAUGGUAAUGAACCAAGCAAAACUAUCUGGCCUGUGUAUCCACAACACAAACAGCGCACAAAGACAGUAAUAAUCCAAUGGUUUGAUUCCUUCAUAAUCAAUAGCUAUUUUUAAUGUAAUUUUUAUGAUUUUAGAAUCUCGUUAUACAUGUUACUCGUCAGGUCGUGUUUCCACAGCCUGUGUGACUUACAAAGUAGAUGUACUGUACUGUACUGUUUAGGUGGUAGUAUUUCUUUUUUUUAUUUAUAUAGUAAUCGUAAUUUAACUGUAUAUUCAGUAUUAUACAUCUUGUUAACAAUUUGCCUUACUCGGUGCUGUAUAACUUGAGAGAAGAGUGUAAGGGACAUGUGAAGAGAGGUGUCACACCAUGAUACAGUCGCUCUCCUCAGACAGCUUUACUCAUACCCGAUCGUUGCACAUUACAAGUUACUUAUCGCACAAAUUUUAUCUCAGUUGUUGACAUACGAGCAAUUGAUGUAGAUGGAGUUCUUUCUAACCUCAUGACUGUAAUAUACCUAUUUUAUCGAAGUACCAUUCAAUUUCGUUUCACUUUCCAUUGACUGAGUGACGCAAGUCCUCACCUUUACGAAUUUUCAUUUCGUUUUAUGACGUCAGUGUUUACAUAGUAACAUAAAAUGUAGACAGUUAUCAAUUAAGCUACUGUAGGUAUGCAGUGUUUACCUCAGCCGUUGAUCUGUGUAUUGUCACUGUGUUUACCUGCAUCGUCAUAGUUGUUUACAAAUUCGUGACGUCAGUCAUCCUCUAUUGUAAGUUUGUGACAUUUAAAGGGCCACUGAAAACGGAAAUAAUGAUAUCAUGAAUAAGCAUGAGCGGCUUUGGACAGAUAUCUCCUGACGUAAGUGCAGUACUCGGUACACCUUUGUCAUCGGUACGCACUACACACCCAUUUAUAAACUUACGGCUUGAUAAUUGAACCUUUGUUGAUAAUUCACUGUUACUCUUGUAAAAUAUGAAUAUUUACAUAUUAGUUACUUUUCAGCUACCAGUUGUUUUAUUUAUGUAAUGGAAGUCAUGUCUCAUUUUACUUUGAGCAUAAACAAUAUGUAACUCGUUUAGUUGAAUCGUGGUGAAUACCAAAGUUGUAGCAGCUGGUAGUUAGACAGAACAACAUUGUCAUUUGAGAAAACACAGUAGCUGCUGGACUACUAAUUACUCAAGUAUUUGAGUUUAAACAGUAUUUUUUUUUAUACAAUGCAAGUUCAACAAAAUAUGGAGAGUAAUUUGGGAAAAAAGAUCUUAUUAAAUACAAAAAUUCAUAGCGACUCAACAGUACUUCUGAAAGUGUAGGAAAUUUAUUAUAUGAACUUUUAUCAAUCACUGGCUGAGUGGAACUAUUACUCUGCCUGGAGGCAACUUGGGUCUUCCUAGAUACUGGAAUAUACCGAAAUGUGUAGAACACAUCAGAUAAUACUACACUUUACGGUUUUAUUAUGCUGUUUCUUGCCGUACAGGUGCCACAACACUACUGAGGACACCAACCUAACCUAACCUGCCCUAAAAUCGUUUGGUUCGAUAAGUUAGGUGUAUGCCUGUACAUUUCUGGAUCUCCUCGGUAUUCCGGCGAAUUCAGCAUAUUCCGGUAUUGAAGGAGGCAAACAGUGUGCUGUUUCCUACACAGAAUGUUGUAAUACACUAUUGGUCCCAGAUUCUCAAGAUUCAUGCAUUAAUGUUUCCCCUUACAAAGCCGGAAGGAACAAUUAUUUUACAUUAGAAUGUUAUUGCAAUUUCAAAGCCAUUUUGGCCAACAUUUUUAGCCAUAGUUUAUAAGAGAUCUUAAGUCCCCAGACAGAAGACAACUUUAAUGUAUUAAUAAUUUAGAAACUCGGACACUGAAACUCUCCAGAAGCUGAGGGUGACAGAGUUGUGUUCUGUGAGUCAGCCUAAGUUGUCACUCUUCACUGGCGACUGAAAUUAAUGUAAUGGAAUACAAAACUUGGCAGUUAUAUUCACCACAAAUAAUAAGAUCUGUAAUAUUAUCCUCACCUCCACUUACAGCCAGCUUCUGCACCAACUCUUACCACCUGUCAACUCAACCUCCCACUCCUGUACUCACACAGUUGCGAAUAAGUUACCCUCUAUGUAUCGAACUAAACAAAGAAUUUAUUUGAAAUACUCUGUAACAUUCAAUGUCAUAAUAUUCUGACCACGGGGGUUAGUUUUUCUGACCCUUUGCAAACUCUACUCUGUAAUUCCUUUGCGCUACAACUCACAGGAUGAGUUUGGGGUGCACAAUAAACUAGCCGCUGUAAGUGGCAAAAUUAAAUUUAAAAAAUAAUUCCUCCACAUACCCCAUCAACACACUCCACCAACCACACUCAUUCACCUACACCACCCACACCAGGCCUCCCGCUUACUCGACCAUCGUGCCCAGCCCCUACCCCCAUAUCAGGACAAUGAUCUCCGCUUCACUUUACAGCAAUACACUCAUCUUAUAUUACGUCACCAGGCUAUACGUUGUUCUUAAAGGCUCUAUGACAUUUUACAAAUAAAAUUAACAAAUG